AUGUCCGCGUGGACGUCCCCGCUCGAGCUCGGGGACGACGGGCACGAUUUCGCGCGCACGCGCAUCGACGAACGGCUCGAGCGCGCGCUCGCGGGACGUCGCGGGACGUACGCGCGGAAAUCUCUCGCGCGCGCCUUCGUCGCGGACGCGCGCGAGGGCGCUCCGCGCGCGGCGCCGCGCGUCGUCGUCGUCGCCGUGGACAGCGAAGCGGGACGAGAGAUCGCGCGCGCCGUCGUCCGAGGGACGCGAGGAAAGAAGUACGGCGCGGUGCUGAGCGCGGAUGCGGAUUGCGGCGAGGCGGCGCUCGGCGCGGAGGACGGCGACGACGCGUGGACGACGCUGUACGAAAGCGGCGAGGGCGCGCCUCGAGUGGUGAUAGCGGAGACGCUGAAGGACAUAUCGCCGACCGGCGCGCGGGCGUGGGCGCGAGAGACGCUGCGGGCGUGUGGGUGCGAGGAGGGGGGGGAGACGAAGGUGCUCGCGUUGACGUCGUGUUCGGAACACGAGACGAGCGAGGCGGAGAUGUCGCUCGGGGCGAUCGAUCGCGUGGUGGCGUACGCGUUGGAUACAACUAGAGUUCGCAUGGAUCGCGAUGGGGCGUGGCCGGCGUCGCCGCGACCGUUACCGGUGGGACUGUUGCUGCGAUCGAACGGCGCGGCGGCCAUCGCGAGCGCGUGCGAGGCGCUCGGCGUCGCCGCGCGCGUGAUUGCGAUUCCAGAGAGCGAACCCGUGCGCGUGAUCCACGGCGGCGCGGACGUGGGCGCGUCACGAGAGGCGGCGGCGCACGCGAGCGCACUCGUUGGGUGCGCGGUGGAGUGCGAGUUCAAGCCGCGAAUGGCGCCGACUCGCGCGGAAAACUUGUACGCGUAG